ACCUGCGUAAAAUCGAAACAGAGAUAUAAAGCUGAAAGCGACGGAAAGGGAAGACUUUAGACCAAACAUGAUAAUUGCUGAUACGUGUUAAUCAAUGCACAAGAGGAACUUUGCUCUUGAUCCAUAUAGUGAGAUUUUAUCAGUUCGGUCUGCGGUCAGCGUUGAGGAAACUGAUUGGAGUGGAACCGUGAAGACGAAAUUAGUGAUCAGUUAUCCCAAAUUUUACCCACUCAACACAAUUAUUUCGUUUUAGAGCUUCGACUUAUUAUCUUAACGCGAUCAAACAAAUGCUACUGCCUUUGGAGCGUGCCUCUACUGUGUAACUGAAAGUUUCGAGUGCGCUAAGGCUCAACAGAUUAUUUAUUACCGAGGCUGUCUCUUGUUAUUUACCUCUCGAUUAGAGAUCCCGAAAGAAAAAGUGAAAAUUAAAUAAGAUAUAGGCGCCUUUGUGAGUUUUAAAGUAAUGAUUGAAGUGGUUUGAUUAAGUGCUUUCAAUUCAACAUGGAUGGAUUUCUCUUAGCCAUUUUAUUUCGACUCAUAAUGGAACUGCCCCUGAAUUGAGGGCUUUCGCGUUAUCAAAGUUCAGUUUCAAUGCUGAAAACUGAUUGAAUUUUAAUUGCUUGCGUCUUCAAAAUUAGUAUGAGGUGCUCUCUGCUCACUGCGGAUGUAACAUGAUGGACAGCUACAUGAGUGGAUAGAAGAAUCGUUCAAAUAUGUGUCGUCGAGCUCAAAAUUUACCAACAUAAGUUGGUGAUAAACGUUUAGUGCGUGGUUCCAUACGUAAAAUUAAAAAGUGUUCUAAUUCGCAAGAAACGGUUAGAAUUCUCGAGUCAUGAAAAUUGAAAAUCACUAAAGUAUUAUUAAACAAAAAUUUCACGAUUGUAUCCAAAGUGUCUGUGUUAGUCAUUUUAUUCUAGAAUAUAUUUUAAAAUUUUAAUAAAGAUGAAAAUUUUUAGUAAUUUUACCAAACGCCAGUGGCUAACCCUGGUUGUGUUCAGUAUUGCCGACUUCUGUAACGCCAUCUGUGUCUCACUUCAAGCUCCAUUCUACCCCAAGGAGGCUGAAGAUAAAGGUGCCUCUGCAACAGAGUAUGGCUUAGUUUUUGGUAUUUUUGAAUUGGUAGUCUUCAUUAUCAGUCCUAUUUAUGGGCAACGUCUGAAUCAAAUAGGACCGAAGUAUUUAUUUAAUGGAGGGAUAUUCACGACUGGAAUAUGUGCCAUUUUAUUCGGUCUUUUACAUUAUGUUCAAGGCCACUACCCAUUCAUCAUUUUGUCGUUUGUUAUACGAAUCAUUGAGGCUCUUGGAAAUGCAGCUUUCUUAACCGCAAGUUUUGCAAUUAUUGCAAAAGAGUUUCCUGAUAAUAUUGCGACAACUUUUGCAUCGUUAGAGACAUUUUUCGGGCUAGGUUUGAUUGUCGGUCCAACCCUGGGAGGUGCUCUGUAUCAGGUCGGUGGCUUCACAACUCCGUUCGUCACCUUGGGUUUUCUCCUCUUCUUAUCAGCAGCAAUGACAGCACUUGUGCUGCCUGAUCACCCAGAAAAAGAUGUCAAUGCAUCUCACGGAUCUAGUCUACUGCAAGUCCUCAAAAUUCCAGGGGUGUUCCUAGCAGCUUGCAGCAUUAUAGUCACUUCAUCCAGUAUUGGGUUCCUAUCUGCCACGUUGGAGCCUCACCUGAGAGCGAGCAAGUUUGAACUGUCGCCUAUACAGCUUGGUUUGAUGUUUGUCAUCAAUGGUGGGACUUACGCUGUCACUGCACCGUGCUGGGGAUGGGUGUGUGACAAAUUGGUCAGCCCAAAAAUCAUCACCGUUCUUGGCUCUAUUCUUCUGAUGAUUAGCUUUUGCCUCAUUGGGCCGGCUCCAUUUUUAAACUUACAAACCAAACUGGGAAUAACUAUACUGGGAUUGGUCAUCCAUGGUCUUGGAAUCGGAACCUGUUUGGUCGCAUCUUUCACCGAUGCUCUCCGCACGGCAAUAGCCCAUGGAUUUCCGAACAACCUGGAGACAUAUGGUCUUAUAUCUGGUCUUUGGACAUCAACUUUUGCCCUUGGAGCAUUCAUUGGUCCUUCAGUGGGUGGUUUCUUGAUGGAUAGAUUCAAGUUUCCAAACGCAACUAUGUUCAUCGUUAUAUCAAGUUGUGUCGUGGGUCUCGUGACGGCGAUCUUCAUCUGCUGUUCGAAUCGUCGCCCGAAUUUGUACAAGCAGGUGGACAGCUUCGACGACUUCUCGAGUCACAAAUUCAACCACUCGGGCACCCUCCACGAGGGGAGCAGUACGAACAGACUCGGGGGGUCGGGCCCCUCGCCGUGCCCCGAGCGACCCCCAGGGAUGACCGCCGGACUCAUCCCGAGCAACAGCUACAAGAACCGCCUUGGGACCUGGAACCUCAAGGAGACCGCCACAGUAAUCGGCGCCAAGUACAGCUCCAGCUACGGCUCGAAUUUGGAGACCAGAAGUCUGCUCGGAAGCACGGCGUAGUCGUAGUUUUACUCGAUACCAAAGAAGUGGCAACACUGUUUUUCCUCGAUUUAAAACCAUGGAAAAUAUCGAUUUUAGGCCAGGCAGCCUGCCUCAUCGAGAAUCGAUUGUUUUACACACGUUUGAAUGGAGGAAAACACUGUUGCCGACUUGCAGGAAUCGCCACUGUACCAAAGAGACGUGGAAAUCUCUAAAUUGUAAAUACGUUUCCUCAGGAAUGUUUGAAUGGGUCAGUGGGGUAGCAUGGGCCUAAAAUGAAGGGGCGUCAUUUCGUCGUUUUCGAAACGAGGGAUCGUGACUCCUCUCCCAGGUUGGUAUACUGACUCACGAAAGUCAAGUCUCUACACGAAUAUUGCCGUGAAAUUUUAACGCUGAUCUUCGUUUGUGAUCAAAAAGGGAAUUAAAACAAUUUUGAGUUAAAGUUGCACAUAAAAUUUCUCUCAAAAAUCUGCCGAUGAGAAUACGUUGAAAUAUAGUUACGCUCUGUUGUCUUAGGGACGACUAUUCCGGUCAAAUCUUAAGGAAAUUUUUCGGAAAUGAAGAAAAAUUGCUCAGAGAAAAUUAUAAAAAAAUCUCCCAAAAUGCACUUAAAUUAACCACGACUGUCCCUGAAAAAAGUCCACCUUAAGAUCAUGGGGGUAAUUAGCCUUCCGCCCUCCCCAAACGACGCCCCUGCUAUGAUGCGCUUUUGCUCCUUUUUAUUCGAUAUUUGCAUGCGUGUCGAGGAUGAGAGUUCAAAUUGAAUUGAAGAUAAAAAUAUGGUUUUGGUCAUUGAUUGCUUUGAAUUGAUCAGUUAGAGGUUAAAAAAUAACAUCAAAACAUACUUUUUUGGGCCGCUUGACAUCAUAUGACACAUUCCCUUUUUAUCGAUACUGAUUACGGAAACUUUUCCAAGUUAAUUCUGCGACCUGCAGAAAGAACCAAAGUAUUUCUGUCCUCAAUUCACAUUUGAAAAUCACUCUUCGUCAAAAACUAUACACUUUCAGAUCCUUCUCAGUGCCUUGUCAGCAAAGUUUUCAAACAUAGAAAUUUUACAGCAAUAAACUGCAAUUAAAUAGCUACACAUAUGCGACAUUGUGUGCCCAUUAAUUAGCUAUUUAAAUUAAAUUUAUCGUUGUUGAAUUUCUAUUUUUGAAAACUCGGCUACAUGGAGUCGCACGGUUUUCGUGUUUCUAUGUAAUCGGAUUAGGCAAAAAUGAGAGAAUUUUGAUUCUCUUCAGACAUGGAAUUAAUGUCGCAUGUACCAUUUUUGAAUAAUGGUUUUUUUGCGCGCCACUAAAAACUUCGUCCUCUUAACAAGGCACUCUCUUCAAUGGCGAAAGAAACUUACGGUGCUAAAGUGUUGAGGCCGUACUUGUGCUAUUAAACCAAACGGGAAAAUUGGCAAAUUUUUUGAACGGCUUUUGAAAAACGAAACUGAUGAAAAGAGAGCAAAAAGAGUGAGUAAAAUUAUGAUUUUCUUCGUAUCUACAAAAUUUAUGUCAGUAAAUCUUGUAAGAGAAUAUGAGACAGUGCGAAUAAAUUGUAAAUUGAAAGUGAAAUAUUUGUAUAUAGCUUACACUUUAAUUUAUUUUAAUUUUAAUGUGCAUGAGAAACAUUAUAACCAAUUAUUGAUGUUCUUAGUUAGUGCCUCAGUGUUUUAAAACUCCACUACUUCAUUCUAUGAAGUCUUCAAAUAUAACAAUGUAUACACAAGUAAGUUAACAAGAGGAAGAAAAAACUCGUCUCCCAACUAAGUACGAGGAGCUCUUUCAAAGAAUGAACCGAAACUCAUGGUGGAUAGGUACCCCCUCACCAUGUUACUUUUAACACUUUUAAGAAUCAGACAUGAUUUAACUUCGGCAAUUUAAGAAAAGAAAAAGAAAAAAUGGCAGAUUGUGAUUAAAAAUGUGGCAUUGUUACGCUUCAAAAGCAUACAUUACUUACGAACGUAUGCGUGCAAUUUACGCGUGAAGAUGAUGAAGUUAGAAAAUAUUUAGGAUGAAAGCAUUUCUAUAAUAAUGCACGAUAAAAAUGAUUGCACCGCGAAGAAAAAAUUGGAAACAAGACAGGGCUUCCGUCUACACUUUUAGGAAUAUUAUCUCAAAAUGCCUUCACUCGCUCUUCGUUUUCUGAGGCACAUAGCUGCUACAUCCAAAGAGCAAAUUAAAAACAAUAUCAUAUCAGUCUCAACAAAAAAAAGCUUCUACUUCAAUUUUUAAUUGGUAAACAUUAUAAAGUUAAAAAUCGGAAUCGACAAAAAAAAUUAUGGGAUUCCAGAUCAAACUCAUAUGUGCCUUUUCAAUAACCUUCAAUGUCGUGGAUUUUGAAAUUGUUAGCCCGCACAAAAAUUGGAGCGUUGCAAAACCAUGAAAAAAUAUGUUACCUUGUCCUGUUUUGUAUAUCACUGUUUAAUUUAUUUUAUGUAUUUACUUUUUCUGUACAUAAAAGAAUUGUUAAAUCAA